UGAAGAAAUUGUCAUCUCAAAAAAUAAAAAAUAAAAAAAAUCCGCUCAAUUGGAAAACACGGGGAAAUUUUUUCUACAAAACAGUAUGAUGAAAUCCAAUACGAUUCAAGCGUCCAAUCCCAACGCAAAAGGAAGCAAUUGAAACAUUUCAGUUAAGUUAGUUGGCACAGUUGGUGUAAAUCCCACAACAAUGGCUGCGACGCUCCAACUGAGCCCUCUGGUCUCCGCCGCCCCAAGCCUCGCAGCUCCCACCACCCAAAACGAACCCAAAACCACAGCCAUGGAAACUUCCCCAACUGGGUCACUCAGAAACUGCAAAACCAUGAACGAAGUAAAGCAGCUCCACUGUCACAUCACCAAAACCGGCCAUGGCAGCAAACCAUCCACUGUCACCAGGCUAAUUUCUACAUGCGCCGAAAUGGGCACCUCCGAAAGCUUGGAGUAUGCCCGAAAAGCCUUCGACUUGUUCCUUGGGGACCAGGAAACAAAGGGUAUGUUGUUCAUGUGCAAUUCUCUGAUAAGGGGUUAUGCAAGUGCAGGGUUCAGUGAUGAGGCUAUCUUGCUUUAUGUUCAGAUGGCGGUGAGGGGGAUUUUGCCUGAUAAGUUCACGUUUCCGUUCGCGCUGAGCGCUUGCUCGAAGGUUGUGGCUUUCUGUGAGGGGGUUCAGCUCCAUGGAGCGCUUGUGAAGAUGGGUUUGGAGGGAGAUGCGUUUAUUGACAAUUCUUUGAUCCAUUUUUAUGCCGAGUGUGGGGAGUUGGAUUAUGGACGCAAGGUGUUUGAUGGAAUGUCUGAGAGAAAUAUUGUGUCGUGGACUAGCUUGAUUUGUGGUUAUGCUAGGAGGAACUCCCCAAGGGAGGCUGUUUCUUUGUUUUUUGAGAUGGUGGCAGAGGGUUUUGAACCUAAUUCAGUUACCAUGGUGUGUGUCAUUUCUGCUUGUGCAAAGUUGAAGGAUCUUAAAUUGAGUGAGAGGGUGUGUGCUUACCUUGGAGAGUCGGGAGUGAAAGUUAAUACGCUUAUGGUGAAUGCACUUGUUGAUAUGUAUAUGAAAUGUGGAGAAACGGAUGCUGCAAAGCGGAUUUUUGACGAAUGUGUGGAUAAGAAUUUGGUUCUUUACAAUACAAUUUUGUCAAAUUAUGUGCGUCAGGGGCUGGCUAGGGAGGCACUUUCUGUCUUGGAUGAAAUGAUGCGACAGGGUCCAAGAGCCGACAGGGUUACAUUGUUAUCUGCAAUCUCAGCAUGUGCACAACUAGGCGAUUCUUUAUCUGGAAAGUGCUGCCAUGGUUAUGUUAUAAGGAAUGGACUAGAAGGUUGGGAUGCUAUCUGUAAUGCCAUGAUUGAUAUGUACAUGAAGUGUGGAAAACAAGAGAUGGCCUGCAGAAUUUUUGAUAAUAUGUUGAAUAGGACUGUAGUUUCAUGGAACUCUGUGAUUGCUGGUUUUGUAAGAAGUGGUGCAGUGAAGUCAGCGUGGCAAAUGUUCAAUGAGAUGCCGACGAGUGAUCUUGUCUCUUGGAACACCAUGAUUGGUGCCUUGGUCCAAGAAAGUAUGUUUGAGGAAGCAAUUGAGCUUUUUCGGGUGAUGCAGGCUGAGGGAAUAAAAGGAGAUAGGGUGACCAUGGUGGAAGUGGCAUCUGCCUGUGGAUAUCUAGGAGCUCUUGAUCUUGCAAAGUGGACCCAUGCUUAUAUUGAGAAGAAUAAAAUCGACUGUGAUAUGCGGCUUGGCACAGCCUUAGUUGACAUGUUCGCUAGAUGUGGCGAUCCUCAGAGUGCAAUGAAGGUGUUCGAUAAAAUGAGGAGAAGAGAUGUGUCUACAUGGACUGCAGCCAUUGGGGCAAUGGCCAUGGAGGGAAAUGGGGAACGGGCUCUAGAGCUUUUCGAUGAGAUGAUUAGGCAAGGAGUGAAACCAGAUGAAGUUGUCUUUGUGGCACUGCUAACGGCAUGCAGCCAUGUUGGAUUUGUGGAACAAGGAUGGAACAUUUUCAGGUCAAUGAAGUCUGUUCACGGCAUUUCCCCACACAUUGUUCAUUAUGGCUGCAUGGUUGAUCUGCUAGGCCGAGCGGGGUUCUUGGAAGAAGUUGUUGAUCUGGUAAAGAGUAUGCCAAUGGACCCCAAUGAUGUCAUUUGGGGGACCCUCUUGGCUGCUUGCCGAACUCAUAAAAAUGUUAAAAUCGCAUCAUAUGCAGCCGAACAGAUGUCCACGCUAUCUACUCAAAGGACUGGGAUUCACGUGCUUCUAUCAAACAUAUAUGCAUCUGCUGGGAAAUGGGAUGACGUUGCAAAAGUGAGGCUGCAUUUGAAGGAGAAAGGCGUCCACAAGGUACCCGGAUCAAGUUCCAUAGAGGUUAAUGGAAUGAUCCAUGAGUUUACUUCCGGCGGUGAUACAAACACAGAGAAGAGCCAGACUGCAUCGAUGCUACAAGAAAUAAAUUUGAGACUGAGAGAAGCUGGUCAUGUUCCGGAUUUGGACAAUGUCCUGCUUGAUGUUGAUGACAAGGAAAAGGAGUAUUUGCUCAGUCGUCACAGUGAGAAACUGGCCAUUGCUUUCGGGCUGAUCGGAACAGGACAACGAGUGCCGAUUCGUGUGGUUAAGAAUCUCAGAAUGUGCUCUGAUUGUCACUCCUUUGCCAAGUUUGUGUCAAAAAUAUACAACCGGGAAAUUACCGUUCGAGAUAACAACAGGUUCCAUUUCUUCCGUCAGGGGCUUUGCUCUUGUGGUGAUUACUGGUGAUAGAAAUAUAAUUGAAGAAAGACAUCGUCUACUCAUCUAUGGAUUAAGCAUAUUCCACUUUGGACUGGGAUUGGGGCACAGAUAUUGGAAACCCAGGCUCGGUUUCGGCCUCAUCCGUCGAUAAGCCAGCGUGAGGAGCAGCCGGCUACUUCGACUUCGCCAAUGAUUUAGCGACAAUGAGCAACCUUUCGUGGUGGUUUGUCCCUCUCAGAAUGAAGGCCUACUGAAUUCAAAUGCGAUCAACAUUUUUUGUUUUCAGGAUCUUAAUAACCGACAUUCUAAAGCUUGAGCGUUAACAAAGUUUUUAUUUCAUCA